UGAGUGUUUCUUCCAGACGAUGUCCUUCCCAGUGUUGUUCUCUGAAGUUCCAUAGCGGUUGUUGUCAUGGGCCCAAGGCCUCAUUCUUAGGAAGGAGGGAUGUUUGGAUGAUGGAACCGCUUUUACUUGACACUCUGUUUUUGCUCCCUAGACACCACGUGCUACCCAUGUCUUCGCCAUCACCCGGACGUCUUCGGUGUUCCCUCCGUGUGCAACCCGUUCUGCCGCUUCUGGAAAAUGCAGCAUCUCCUUAGAGCGCCCGACUUUCAGGUGUUUCUGGCCAGCGGCCGUGGCCUUCUUGCUUAUUUAGGGGAGCUUUGUCAGGAGGAGAAUGCAUUUUGGUCAACAUGACUCCCCUGGCUCUUCCUCUGAGCCUUGGCUGCUCGUUGCGCGGCAUUGAAACGUUGCUCUUUGCCUACUUGGUGGCUUUCAUCUCCCGGACUGACUCACAGGGCCUGUUCCCGCGGCUGGAGAAUGUGGGUGCUCUCAAGACCGUCGCGGUCAUGCCAGCCCAAGCGACGUGCGGACUCGCAGAGAGAAGCACCUUCUGUCACAGCCCUGUGGCUGCGGAGAGUCUCCAGGUCUGCGCCCAGCGGCUCUGCGUUCAGGACUGUCCACACAGAGCCUCGCCCCCCAGCCACACCUCCCUUUUCUCAGCAGGCCUGGGGAGCUGCAUCGCCUUGGACCAGUGGGACCGGCACCCCGGCUCCCCUCCCAAUUCCACAAGCCUGCUUUUCGGAAAUCACAAGAAUUGCUUCUCUUCUCCUCCUCCUCUGAGGCUGGCGGCAGCUUUUACCUUAGCUGUGUGGCUGAAACCCGAGCAGGAAGGUGUCAUGUGUGUCGUGGAAAAGACGGUGGAUGGGCAGAUUGUGUUCAAACUCACCAUUUCAGAGAAAGAGACCGUGUUUUACUAUCACACAGUAAAUGGUUUGCAGCCUCCAAUAAAAGUAACGACACAGGGGAGAAUUCUGGUGAAGAAAUGGAUUCAUCUCAGUGUGCAGGUGCAUCAGAAGAAGGUCAGCCUCUUCCUCAAUGGCUUGGAGGGGGAUGGUACAGCUUUCGAUACACAAACUCUAAGAGGCGUGAUUCCAGAUUUUGCCUCUGGUGCUACACAGAUAGGGCAGAGUUUAAACGGUGGAGAGCAGUUUGUUGGCAGGAUGCAGGAUUUCCGGUUGUACCAGGUGGCCCUGACCAACAGAGAGAUUCUGGCCAUUUUUUCUGGAGAGCUGCUCAGACUGCAUGUCCAGCCCCAUUGCCGCUGCCCGGGAAGCCACCCUCGGGUCCAUCCUCUGCAGCAGCGGUACUGCAUUCCCAAUGAUGCGCAAGACACGACCACCAAUCGCGUGUCACGGCUGCAUCCUGACGCCCACCCCCUUCCUUUUGUCAACGAUAAUGAUAUUGGUACUUCGUGGGUGUCGCGCGUGUUUACAAACAUCACCCAGCUUAACCAAGGCGUGACUAUUUCCAUAGACUUGGAAAAUGGACAGUAUCAGGUGUUUUAUAUCAUCAUCCAGUUCUUUAGUCCACAACCAACAGCAAUAAGGAUUCAAAGGAAGAAAGACGACAACCUAAAUUGGGAUGAUUGGCAGUAUUUUGCGAGAAACUGCAGUAUUUUUGGAAUGAAAAACAACGGGGAUUUGGAAAAUUCUGAUUCUGUCAACUGCCUUCAGCUUUCCAAUUUCCCUCCAUAUUCCCGUGGUAAUGUCACAUGGAGUGUCCUAAAACCUGGACCAAGGCACCGUCCCGGAUACAAUGAUUUCUAUAACACCCACGCUCUCCAAGAGUUUGUAAAAGCCACGCAAAUAAGACUCCAUUUCCAGGGACAGUACUAUACAGAUGAGACUCCUGUCAGCCACGGACACAGAUAUUACGCAGUCAAUGAAAUCACCAUCACUGGGAGGUGUCAGUGCCACGGUCACGCCCGUGCCUGUGACACCCGGCGCCGGCCCUAUCGAUGCCUCUGUGCCCAGGAAAGCUUCACCGAGGGGCCUCACUGCGACCGCUGCUUGCCUCUUUAUAAUGACAAGCCUUUCCGCCAAGGAGAUCCCGUGCACGCUUUCAACUGUAAACCUUGCCAAUGCCACAGCCACUCCCGGAGCUGCCACUACGACAGCUCGGUGGACCCCUUUCCAUCCGAGCACCAGAGAGGGGGCGGAGGCGUUUGUGAUGCUUGUGAGCACAACACUACAGGAAGGAACUGUGAACAGUGUAAGGAUUACUUUUUCCGAGCCGUCGGGGCAGACCCUUCGGCCAUAGACGUGUGCCAGCCCUGUGACUGCCAUCACGUUGGCACGAGAAACGGCAGCCGCCUGUGUGACCAGGUGGGGGGUCAGUGUGACUGCAAGAGACGUGUUUCCGGCCGACGGUGCGGUCGGUGCCAGGAUGGAUUCCACAGUCUCCAGGAGUCGAAUCCUGAGGGCUGUAGCCCGUGCCGCUGCAAUACCUCGGGGACAGUGGAUGGAGACGUCACCUGUCACCCCAAUUCAGGCCAGUGCAAGUGCAAAGGAAAUGUCAUUGGGCUCCGAUGUGAUCAUUGCAAUUUUGGAUUUAAGUUCCUCCGGAGUUUCAAUGAGGAUGGAUGUGAGCCUUGCCGGUGUAACCUCUAUGGCUCAGUGAGCCAACUCUGCGACCCUCUUUCGGGGCAGUGUGUGUGCAAAAAGGAAGCCAAGGGACUUCAGUGCGACCUCUGCGAGGAACAUUUUUACGGGCUGGACGUCACUGGUUGCAAGGCCUGUGACUGCGACAUGGCUGGGACCCUCCCUGGGACCAUCUGUGAUGCUGGGACAGGGCAGUGCCGUUGUAAACCCGAUGUUGGAGGAAGACGGUGUGAUGGAUGUUUGGAGGGGUUCUUCCGUCAGCAGCAGAAUGAGUCCUUCCUUUGCCUGCCCUGUGACUGUGAUACGUCUGGGACAGUAAGUGGCUCUCCGCUGUGUGACCAAUCAACAGGACAGUGUCCUUGCAAGUUAGGAGUGACAGGUCCUCAGUGCAAUCAGUGUGAGCCUCAUUGGUACAAUUUGACCACGGGCGAUUUCCAAGGCUGCCAGAUGUGUGAGUGUGACUCCUUGGGCACCUUACCUGGGACCACGUGUGACCCAGUCAGCGGGCAGUGCCAGUGUUUGCCCAAUCGUCAAGGAAGAAGGUGUGAUCAUUGUCAACCAGGUUUUUAUCUCUCUCCAGGCCAUGCCGCUGGCUGCCUUCCAUGCUCGUGCCACGCAGCUGUCGCAGACCAUCACAUCUGUAACGGCCGGACUGGGCAGUGCGUGUGCCGAGACGCGUCCACUGCCGGGCUGAGCUGCGACCACUGUGAGGACCGUCACUUCGGAUUUGACCCUCAGACUGGAAGAUGUCAGCCUUGUGGUUGUCACCUCUCCGGAGCCUUGAAUGAAAGCUGUCACAUGGUCACGGGCCAGUGUUUCUGUAAACAAUUUGUCACUGGCUCCAAGUGUGAUGCGUGUGUCCCCGGUGCGAGCCACUUGGACGUCCACAAUCUGCUGGGCUGCAGCAGAACUCCAUCCCAGCAACCUCCGCCCAGAGGACAUGUUCAGAGUUCUUCAGCUAUGACUCUUACCUGGAGCCCACCGGCUUCUCCCAAUGCCCACUGGCUUUCUUACCGUUUAUUCAGGGACGGUUCUGAAGUCUACACAACCGAAGAUCAAUACCCAUACCGUACCCAGUACUUCUCUGACACCGCCCUGUCGCCAUAUACCUCCUAUUCUUACUCCAUCGAGACCACCAAUGUGCACGCGUCAACAAGAAGUGCUACCGCCACCUACAGGACAAAGCCAGGGGUCCCAGAGGGAAGCCUGAACUUAACUUAUAUCCUUCCUAUUGGCUCAGACUCUGUAACGCUGACCUGGACUGCUCCCUCAAAUCGGUCUGGUCCUAUAGAGAAAUAUAUUCUGUCCUGUGCUCCGAUAGAUGGCACCCAGCUGUGUGUUCCCUACGAAGGUCCCGAAACCUCGGCUACCAUCUGGAAUCUGGGUCCAUUCACCAAGUACCGUUUUUCUGUGCAGGCCUGUACUGAGGGGGGCUGUUUGCAUAGCUCACCCCUAACAGUGACCACAGCCCAGGCACCCCCCCGAGGGCUGGGCCCGCCUGUAGUACAGAAGAUCAGUUCCACGGAACUUCACGUAGAAUGGGCUCCACCGAUGGACCCUAAUGGAAUAAUGAUACGAUACGGACUAUACAUGAAAAGACCGAGCUCUGAUGGAGAACCCACGUUGGCAGAAAGUCGGGUUUUUGAGAGUAGCGGCUGGCUCAGUGCUCGCCCGUCUGCAGAAUCAGCCAACGAGAAGGCACUGAAACCUCAGAUGGCCACAGCCGUCGCUGGCUUGGAGCCUUACACCCAGUACGAGUUCCGGGUCCUGGCUGAGAACAUGGCUGGCAACGUGUCCUCUGCCUGGGCUUCAGGAAGAACAGGAGAAGCAGCACCUGUGUUCAUGACCGCCCCUUCAGUCUUGCCCCUCUCACCGUACUCUCUCAAUGUAUGCUGGGAAAAGCCCGCUGAUGACGUCAUAAGAGGAAGAGUUGUGGGGUACAACAUCACCAUGAUUUCUGAGCAAUCACCUCCACAAUCUGUUUGGGUGGCAUCUUCACAGGUGUUGGCCAUGGCUGAAUCUCCACAGCUGGCCCGGAUUGUAAGCGGGCUACAGCCUUACAGGGUCUACACCUUUACUGUUUCUCUCUGCAAUGCCAUUGGCUGUGUAACCAGUGCUCCGGGAGCAGGACAGACGUUAGCAGCAGCUCCAGCCCGGCUGAGGCCUCCGCGGGUGGACCGAGUGGGCAGCGCCGGCCUGCGGGUUCGAUGGCUGGCGCCCGCGGAGCUGAACGGCCCGCCCCCUGUGUACGAGCUGGAGAGGACCGAGGCGUCUCUACCCGCCCCGGGGGCCCGGCUGCUGCAAGGGGUCCGUUUCCCCGGACACGGAUACUACACGUUUCCCAGCUCCACGGUCCCGGUCAACACGGACUUCACCGGUAUCAGAGCCAGCUUCCGGACCACGGCGCCUGAGGGUCUGCUCCUGUUCGCUGCACUCCCGGGCCACCAGGAGGAGUACUUCGCCCUUCAGCUGAAACAUGGACGUCCUUAUUUUCUUUUUAAUCCUCAGGGGUCUCCAGUAGAAGUGACCACAACCAAUGAUGAUGGAAAACAGUACAGUGACGGCAGGUGGCAUGACAUACUCGCUGUCAGGCGCCAGGCUGUGGGCCAGAUCACACUCGACGGGCAGUACACCGGCUCCUCUGGGCCCCUGAACGGCAGUGCUAUUAUUGGACAGAACACAGGAGUGUUUGUCGGGGGGCUGCCUCAGGACUCCACCAUCCUGAGGACCGGUCCCGACAUAGUCCGAAAGGGUUUUGUGGGCUGUCUCAGGGAUGUGUAUUUCAUGAAGCGUUACAGUCCCUCUGCUGUUUGGGAGCCUCUGGUUUGGCAGAAUGCCGAGGAUCAAAUGAACGUGUAUGACGAAUGGGAGGGAUGUCCCUCUUCAUUACAAGCGGGGGCCCAGUUCCUAGGAAGAGGGUUCCUGGAGCUUGACCCACGCGUGUUUCCUGGCGGCCUGGACUUGGAGAUUUCCUUGACGUUCAGAACAGACCAGCUGAAUGGAUUGCUUCUUUUCGCUUACAACCAAGAUGGACCUGACUUUCUUGCUGUGGAACUUAAGAGUGGACUACUGCGACUCAGGUUAAAUACCAGUGUCACCUUUACACAAGUGGAUCUGUGGCUGGGGCUGUCCUAUUGUGCUGGCCAGUGGAAUACAGUGAUCGUGAAGAAGGAAGGCUCCGUCCUGUCCGUGAGCAUGAAUGAACUGAUGGAGCGUGUAUCAGAGCCCAGCGCCCAGCCCCUGACGGUGACUUCCCCCGUCUACCUGGGAGGUGUCCCACCGGAGCUGCAGGACUCGUACAAACACCUGAAUUUGCAACCAGGUUUCGGUGGCUGUGUGAAGGAUGUUGUGUUUGCACGAGGUGCUGCUGUUAACUUGGCAGCUGUGUCCAGCGGUGCUGUCAGAGUCAAUCUGGAUGGAUGCCUGUCAAGUGACAGCACCGUUAACUGCAGGGGGAACGACUCCAUCCUCGUCUACCGGGGAAGAGAGCGGGACGUCCAGGAGCACGGGCUGCAGCCCUUCACAGAGUACCUGUAUCGAGUGACUGCCUCACACGAAGGAGGUUCUGUCCGUAGUGACUGGAGCCGGGGGCGCACACUGGGAACAGCUCCACAGAGCGUGCCCGCUCCCUCCAGGGUCCGCAGCAUCAACGGACACGGCGUGGAAGUGACCUGGGACGGACCUGUUGAGGUUCGAGGGGUAAUUGAGAGGUACAUCCUGAGAGCCUACAGUGAGGAGGGCCCUUCUCGUCCACCCCGCGUGCCCUCUGCCACUUCUGAGUUCGCCAGCGCUGACAACCACACAGGCAUAUUGACAGGCUUGCUACCCUUCAGAAACUAUACGGUCACUCUAACUGCUUGCACUUUGGCUGGCUGUACCGAGAGCUCACACGCGCUGAAUGUCUCUACUCCACAAGAAGCCCCACAAGAGGUUCAGCCACCAGUAGCCAAAUCCCUUCCCAAUUCUUUGGUCGUCUCCUGGAGUCCACCCAAAGAAGCGAAUGGUGUUAUCACUCAGUACAGUUUAUAUAUGGAUGGGGUACUAAUCUAUUCCGGCCGUGGAGAGCAAUACACAGUCACGGAUUUAACGGUGUUUACACCCUACCUGUUUCUCCUUGGUGCGUGCACCCAUGUGGGGUGUGCAAACAGCUCCCUGGUCACACUGUGCACAGCCCAGCUGCCACCAGAACACGUGGAACCCCCAGUUCUGACCGUCCUGGACUCCAGGACGAUAUACGUACAGUGGGAACAACCGAGAACGUUAAACGGCAUUCUGGAGCACUACGUGUUGUAUGUUUCCAGCCACAUACGUGGGUUUAGGGUUUGGGAUGUCAUCUACAACAGUACGGAGCUGUCUCAGGACCACACGCUACGGGACCUUUGGCCUGGUGCUAACUAUCUCCUCAAGCUGGGGGCUUGUACGGGGGGCGGCUGCGCAGUGAGUGAGGCCAGCGAGGCCCGGACCCCGGACAGCGCCCCUGAAGGCAUGCCGGCCCCCAGGACGCUCCCCUUUUCACCCCACUCCUUCAACGUCUCCUGGACGGAGCCUGAGCACCCGAAUGGGGUCAUCACAAGCUAUGGGCUGUAUCUGGAUGGAACAUUAGUCCACAACUCCUCAGAGCUCAGCUGCCAGGCACAUGGACUUGCCCCUGGGAGCCUGCAUGCCUUCCGCGUGCAAGCGUGCACCGUCAGAGGCUGCGCCCUGGGCCCACUGGUAGAAGAUCGCACUCUCGAAGCUGCUCCUGCAGGAACGGUCCAGGUCUCGGCCAAAGCAGAAGGAUCCCGGAGAGUCCGCGUGUGGUGGGAAGGACCUGCGCACCCCAACGGGCGCUUGACCUACUUAGUCCUUGUCACUGGGAUGUUCUAUGCGGAUCAAGCAGUUAAUAACUUCACUCUUCUGAAUGGCACACAAAUCAUGCACCGAGGUGAAGAGACCAACCUUUGGGUGCUCAUCCACGGGCUGGUUCCUUUUACUGAUUACGCUGUUCAAGUAAAUGCUUCAAACACCCAAGGCAGCUUGAUGAGCGACCCUGCCAAGGUCGUGAUGCCACCAGGGGCUCCAGAUGGCCUGCUGCCUCCCAGGCUUUUAGCUGCCACUCCGACCAGUCUUCAGGUUGUCUGGUCUACACCAGCUCGGAACAACGCUCCCGGCUCGCCCCGGUACCGACUCCAGAUGAGGCCUGGCCACGCGUCCCGUGUGCUUCUAGAGUUAUUUUCCAGUCCUUCUGCAUCGUUAAGCCACGAAGUGAGCGAUCUCCAGCCGCACACGGGGUACGAGUUUCGGUUGGUUGCCUCCAAUGAAUUUGGCAGUGCGCUCAGUCCUUGGAUUCUGUUCAUGACGACAGAGGACAGGCCUGGACCCAUCGACCCUCCCAUCCUCCUGGACGUGAAAUCGAGAACAAUGUCGGUCACUUGGUGGCACCCUGUAAGGAGCAACGGGGUCAUUACGCAUUAUAAUAUUUAUCAGCACGGCCAUCUCUUUCUGAAAACUCCUGGAAAUGUCACCAACUGCACAGGGACGCGGUUACAGCCACACACUGCGUAUGCGUUCCAAGUGGAAGCCUGCACUUCCAAAGGGUGCACCCUCUCCCCGGAGUCCCAGACUGUAUGGACACUCCCCGAGGCACCGGGAGGUAUCCCCAGCCCAGACUUGUUCUCUGAUACCCCAACAUCUGUGAUCAUAUCUUGGCAACCCCCCACCCACCCCAACGGCUUGGUGGAGAACAUCACGAUUGAGAGAAGAGUCCACGGGGAAGAAGAAAUCACGACGCUGGUGACUCUCCCAGGAAAUCAUUCCAUGCGGUAUAUUGACAGGACGACUUCUCUCAGCCCGUGGACAAAAUACGAAUACCGGGUGCUGAUGAGCACUCUCCACGGGGGUACAAACAGCAGUGCUUGGACAGAAGUGACCACCAGACCCUCACGACCUGCUGGGCUCCAGCCACCCAAGGUGCAUGUGCUCGGGCCUGAAGCAGCCCAGGUCACGUGGACACCCCCACUCACCCAGAAUGGAGACAUGCUCAGCUAUGAGAUCCGGAUGCCCGACCCUCAUAUCCCAGUAACCAACGUCACCCUCUCCGUGCUAAGCCAAGUCAUCACCCAUCUGGUUCCGUUCACUGAUUACUCGGUCACCGUCGUGGCUUGCUCAGGGGGUAACGGGUAUCUCGGAGGGUGCACAGAGAGUUGGCCCACCCAUGUUACCACUCACCCCACCCUACCUCAGGAGGUCCGCCCGCUGUCCGCAGCCCCACUAAGUGAAUCGUCUGUCGGGGUUUCUUGGCAGCCACCAGCCAGGCCAAAUGGACCCAAUUUGAGAUACGAGCUUCUGAGAUGUAAAAUCCAUCAGCCACUUGCAUCGAAUCCCCCAGAAGAUUUAAAUCUGUGGCACAAUAUUUAUUCAGGAACUCAGUGGUUUUAUGAAGAUAAGGGUCUUAGCAGGUUCACGACGUACGUGUACAAGGUCAUGGUCCACAACAGCGUGGGUUUUACACCCAGCCAGGAGGUGACGGUGACGACAUUAGCAGGCCUUCCCCGGAGAGGAGCCAAUGUCUCUGCGACUGUCCUUAACUGCACGGCCAUAGACGUGAGAUGGGAUAGACCAACUUUUCAAGACCUCCAAGGUGAUGUUGACUAUUACACACUUUUUUGGAGCUCCACUGCCUUCAGUGAAUCUCUGAAAAUCCUCCCAGAUGUAAACGCUCAUGUCCUUGGCCACUUGGUUCCAAACACGGAGUAUCAGAUUUCCCUCUGUGUCUACAAUGGAGUCCACCGCAUCAACAGUGAUGUACUGUCCACUACCACUGCCGAUGGGGAGCCUCGGGGUGUGCUUCCUCCGGAGGUUGACAUCAUCAACAGCACAGCUGUACGUGUUAUCUGGACCUCUCCUUCCGACCUGAACGGCAUGGUCACGGAAUAUUCUCUCUCUGCGAAUAAUCAGCUCUACAAGACUGGAAUGAAGGUGCCGGGGUCUUUCAUUCUAGGGGACCUGUCUCCCUUCACCACCUAUGACAUCCAGGUCGAAGUCUGCACAAAAUACGCCUGUGUGAAAAGCAAUGAGACACAGAUCACCACUGUGGAAGACACGCCAAGCCAUAUACCAGCCCCCACAGUUGGUAGCAUCACUUCAAGAUCCCUUCAAAUUGAUUGGACGUCUCCAGGGAAACCAAAUGGCGUCAUUCUCGGCUACUCUCUCUUACGGAAAACACGGUACCCGUGCCCGACGACCCAGAAAAGUCACAGCAGUGAGCCCUGCAAGGCAGUGAUGUGUCAAAACCCUGAAACCGCCUGUGGACACAGGUGCUAUUCUCCGGAAGCUAAGGUUUGCUGUGCUGGCGUGCUUUAUGACGCCCGGCCGGAAUACCGUUGCUGUGAUGACAAGUAUGUCCCCUUUGUUUUGAAUUCGACGGGGGUGUGUUGCGGUGGCCGCAUACAAGAGGCCCAACCAGACCAUCACUGCUGCUUGGGGUAUUACGUUAGAAUUCUACCAGGUGAAGUGUGCUGUCCAGACGAGCAGCACCAGCGGGUUUCUGUCGGCAUCGGCGACGCCUGCUGCGGCCGGCUGCCCUACUCCACGCGGGGCGCGCAGGUGUGCUGUGCGGGGACGCUGCACGGUGGCCUCGGCCGGCAGUGCUGCGGGGCGCAGGUGGUCAGCCAGGAUCUCCAGUGCUGCGGGGGAGCGGACGACGGGGCGGUGUACAGCCGCCGGCCAGGGAUGCGCUGUUGCGGGCAGGAUUACGUGAACGUGUCCGAGGCCAUAUGCUGCUCAGCCUCCAGCGGAGCCGCGGAACCACCCGUGCAGGAGAGCGACCCGGCGCCAGCGCGAUGCUGUGAGCCACAGCUCGUUCCAGAGGGCCGGGGAUGCUGCGGCGGGGUGGGAUACGAUCCUGCGAAGUCUGUCUGCGCUGACGGCGCUGCAGCCGGGAGCACGGCGGAGGACACCGGAGUGUGCAGGACAGUCUGUCCAGUGUCCAUGGAGACCACAGCGCACUGCGGCAGGUGCGACUUCAACCUGACCAGCCACGUCUGCACUGUGAUCAGAGGGUCCCACAGGUCCCCCGAGAAGCCGCCAGUGGAAGAGACAUGCUCCUCUGCAGAAGAGACUGUCCACACGGGGAGGGCAGACACAUUCUCCUUUACAGAGGCGAACCUGGAGCCCUAUACCACGUAUGAGUACAGGGUCUCUGCUUGGAAUGGCUACGGGCGAGGUUUCAGCAAAGCCGUUAGAGCCAGAACGGAAGAAGGUAUACCAGAAGGACUGAGUCCCCCUCGGUGGAUCACCACGGACAACCCUGAAGACGGAAUAGUCUUGGCCUGGAAGAAACCCAUACAACCGAAUGGUCCUAUCACUUACUACAUUCUUCUCCGAAAUGGAAUGGAACUGUUCCGGGGAACAUCACUGACCUUCUCUGAUACAAAAGCAACUCAGCCUUUUCAGGAAUAUUCAUAUCAGCUGCAAGCUUGCACACUUGCUGGGUGUGCCACCAGCAGUAAGGUGGUGGCAGCGACGGCCCAGGGAGUUCUGCAGAGCAUCCUGCCACCGAGGGUCACAGCCGCCACCGCAGACGCUCUGCAUCUGAGCUGGGAUGUCCCCGAGAAACCAAACGGCAUCAUUCGAGAGUACCAGCUCCGGCAGGUGGGGAAAGGUCUCAUCCACGCUGAUACCACUGACAGGAGGCAGCAUACGGUCACAGGUCUCCAGCCAUACACCAACUACAGCUUCACUCUUACAGCGUGUACAUCUGCUGGGUGCACUUCAAGUGAGCCUUUUCUAGGUCACACUCUGCAGGCAGCACCUCAAGGAGUUUGGGUGACACCUCACCAUAUUAUCAUCAACUCUACAACGGUGGAGUUAUACUGGAGUCCGCCGGCAAAGCCCAAUGGCCUCAUUUCUCGGUAUCAGCUCAGUCGUAACGGAACCUCGGUUUUCCUGGGGGGCCGUGAGGAACAGCAUUUCACUGAUAAGAACCUGGAGCCCAACAGCAGGUACGUUUACAAGUUGGAAGCCACAACUGGAGGUGGGAGUAGUUUUAGUGACGAGUACCUGGUACGAACACCUCUGUGGACACCGGGAGAAAUCCAGCCUCCAUGUAAUAUCACAGUCAUGGGCCCUUGCUCCAUAUUCGUAGCUUGGACGCCACCAGGGAUCCUUAUUCCCGAAAUGCCCGUGGAGUACAGUGUCCUGCUCAAGGCUGGACGUGAGGCGCCUCUCGCCUCCCCUGCCGGCCGUCGUCACUCCCUCCUGCUGGACAAUUUGGCUCCAUUCACACAGUACGAGAUCAGGAUACAGGCGUGUCAAAACGGAAGCUGUGGUGUUAGCAGCGGGAUGUUGGGCGAAACCUGGGAAGCGGUCCCCCAGGAUCUCAGCCCCCCUGUUCUUAAGGCGCUGGGAUCGGCUAGCAUAGAGAUUAUGUGGAGCCCUCCGAAAACCCCAAAUGGAGUUAUCAUCGGCUACUCCAUUCACAGACGUCGCGCGGGCACAGAGGAGGCGACCCCGGUGCUGGUGCGGUCAGAAGGAGCCCUGAGGUUCACGGACACGGCAGACACUCUGAGACCUUUCACGCUCUACGAGUAUCGGGUCCGAGCCCGUAACUCCAGGGGCUCGGUGGACAGUCUUUGGUCCUCGGCACGGACGCUGGAGGCCCCACCCCAAGAUCUGGGGGCGCCCCGAGCUCAAGCCACCGGUGCCCAUUCAGUUCUGCUGACCUGGGCGAAGCCAGACUCCCCCAAUGGUGUGAUCGCCCAGUACCACGUGGUCUACCAGGAGAGACCGGACGACCCGACCCUGAGCACCUGUCCCGUGCGUGCGGUCACAGUGGCGGGAACGAGCCUCCAAGCCCACCUGUCCGGGUUGGAACCGUUCACCACGUAUCACGUUAGUGUUGUGGCCGCAAACCGCGCGGGGGAAGUGUCAAGCCCCUGGACUCCGGUUCGGACCCUGGAAUCUUCCCCGAGUGGACUCGGCAACUUGACCGUGGAGCAGAGAGAGGACGGCCGGGCCUUGUUAUUGGGGUGGCCGGAGCCUGUGAGGACCAACGGGGUCAUUAAGGCGUACCACGUCUUCAGUGAAGGGCGCCUGGAGUACACGGGCUCCAGCCGCACGUUCCUGUUCCGCCGCCUGGACCCUGGCACCGAGUACACGCUGACGCUGCAGGCCUGCACGCGGGCGGGCUGUGCGCACUCGGCUCCGCAGCGAGUGCGCACAGGCGAGGCCCCGCCCCACUCCCAGGGGCCCCCCACGGUGCAGCGGGUGGGGCCCACCCGCGUGGAGCUGAGCUGGGCGGGGCCCGCGCACCCCAAUGGAAAGAUCGUGCGCUACGACGUGACGCGCAGGUGCGCCCAGGGCGAUGCCUUGGGGAACCGGACAGUCGCGGCCGCCGAGAACCUGGUGUUCACCGAGUACAAGACCGAAAGGGACGCCUUUGCGUACAACGACACCGGCUUGCAGCCCUGGACGCUGUGUGAAUAUAAAAUCCACGCGUGGAAUUCCGCAGGCCACACAGGCAGCUCGUGGACCGCGGCCAGGACGAGGCCGGCGCCUCCGGAAGGUCUCUCUCCCCCUGAGGUCACCUGUGUGUCCCCGAGUCCCCCCAAACUGCUCAUCGCCUGGGCCCCUCCUGAGCAGCCUAACGGCAUCAUCCAGUCCUAUCAGCUGCACCGCAAUGGGGUGCUCCACCCCCUCAGCUUUGGCGCGGGGACUUUCAAUUACACCGAUGAAGACCUGCUCCCCUUCUCCACCUACAGCUACACGGUCACAGCCUGCACGCGAGGAGGCUGCCGCAGCAGCGCACCCGCCAGCACCACGACUCCCGAGGCUGCACCCCUGGGGGUCGACCCUCCCGCUCUCCGAGCCCUCAGUGCCACUCAGAUCAGUGCAUCUUGGGCACCACCGUCCGCUCCUAAUGGAAACAUCACCGAAUAUUUACUUAGAUGUGAUGGUCAGGAGCACCUCGCUGGGCAGGGCCUGUCCCUGCUGAUUGCCCACCUGCAGCCUUACACUCAAUACAACUUCUCCCUGGUGGCCUGUACACACGGAGGCUGUACGUCCAGCGUGUCCAAAUCUGCCUGGACCAUGGAGGCCCCACCCCAGAACAUGGACCCCCCCAAAUUGCAGGUCACAGGCUCAGAAUCAAUAGAAAUCACCUGGAGGCCUCCAAGGAACCCAAACGGGCAGAUCAGGAGUUAUGAACUCAGGAGGGAUGGCACCAUCGUCUACACCGGCCUGGAAACCCGCUUCCACGACUUCACUCUGACCCCGGGGGAGGAGUAUGGCUACACAGUGACAGCCAGCAACAGCCUGGGGGCGGUUCUGAGUCCACUCGUCACAGACCGAACCAGCCCCUCGGCGCCUUCCGGGAUGGAACCUCCCAAACUGCAGGCCAGGGGUCCUCAGGAGAUCUUAGUGACCUGGGACCCUCCGGUGAGGACAAACGGCCACAUCGUCAACUAUACCCUCUUCGUCCGUGAGCUGCUUGAGAAGGAAACGAAAACCGUACCUGUAAAUACAAGUCACCCUUCGUUUGGUACCCGGGCACUCACAGUAAACCAGCUGGCGCCGUUCCACAGGUAUGAGGUACGAAUUCACACCUGCACCCUGCUGGGAUGUGCAUCCAGUGACUGGACAUCCGUGUGGACCCACGAGAUGGCACCUGGCAUGCAGCCUCCCCCCCACCUGGAGGUGCGGACGGCCCCAGGAGGAUUUCAGCCCAUGGUUUCCCUUUGGUGGACAGGACCGCUUCAGCCCAAUGGGCAGGUUCUCUACUAUGAAUUGUACAGAAGACAAACAGCAAGUCAGCCUGGGCAGCCAAACCCAGUUCUGAUCUAUAAAGGAAGCUCAAGUUCGUUCAUGGAUUCCGGACUCCUUCCCUUCACGGAGUAUGAGUACCAGGUCUGGGCAGUGAAUUCUGCCGGAAAAGCUUCCAGUAACUGGACAUGGUGUAGAACUGGACCUGCCCCCCCAGAAGGCCUCAAGGCCCCCCGGUUCCAUGCGGUGUCUUCCACCCAAGCCGUGGUCAACAUCAGUGUCCCCAGGCAGCCCAAUGGCGUCGUCAGUCUCUACAGAGUGUUCUCCGGCGACCCCGGCGGGGUGGCGGUGGUGCUGUCGGAAGGCACAGCCCCCCAGCAGACCCUCCACGGCCUGCAGCCCUUCACCUCCUACGUCAUCGGGGUGGAGGCCUGUACCUGUUCCCAUUGCUGCAGCCGAGGGCCGGUGGCCGAGCUGAGGACACACCCCGCGCCACCCCGGGGCCUGUCCUCCCCCCAAAUCCAGACGCUGGCCUCAAGGACAGCCUCCAUCCAGUGGCGUCCCCCCCUCUUCCCCAACGGUGUCAUCCAAAGCUACGAGCUCCGGCUGCACAGGACAUGCCCUCCCCGUGCAGACGCGCCCUGCACCCCCAGCCAGCCCGAGACGAGGUACAGGGGGCCAGGGCUGAACGCCAGCCUGGGGGAUCUCCAGCCUUAUACGACCUACAGGCUGAGAGUCUUGGCCCACAACGAGGCGGGCACUGCGGCCUCUGAAUGGACCACCUUCACCACCCAGAGAGAAGGACCUCAGUACCGAGCCCCGUUCUCGGUGACCAGCAACUUGACCGUGGUGUGUGUCAACUGGAGUGACUCUUUCCUCCUGAACGGCCCGCUGAGGGAGUUUACGCUGAGCGAUGGAGGCGAGCGCGUGUACCGCGGCCGGGACACCAGCCUGUACAUCCCAAGGACGGCCGACAGAACCUUCCUGUUCCAGGUCACGUGCUCCACGGAGGAAGGAAGCGUCAGGACGCCUGUGAUCCAAUACGACACCGCCACUGGACUCGGCCUGGUGCUGACCACCCCGGGAGGGAAGAAGGGGGCCGGGGGCCGAGGCGCCGAGUUCUACAGCGAGCUGUGGUUCAUCGUCCUGAUGGCGGUCCUGGGCUUGAUUCUGUUGGCCAUCUUCCUGUCCUUGAUACUGCAGAGGAAAAUCCACAAGGAGCCGUACGUCAGAGAGCGACCCCCGCUAGAGCCUGUUCAGAAGAGGGUGUCCCCACUGAGCAUCUACCCGCCGGGGGACACGCACAUGGGACUGAUGGAUACUAAGAUCCCGAGGUCUGGGGCACGCAUGAGUCUCAGCAGCAACCGGAGCAUCUCUGUCCUUCGAAUUCCAAGUCAGAGCCAACUCAGCCAAACCUGUUCCCAGGGUGUCCUCCACCGCAGCGUCAGCCAACUCAUGGACAUUCAAGACAAGAAAGUCCUGAUAGACGAUUCGCUGUGGGAAACCAUCCUAGGUCACAACAGUGGACUGUACGUGGAUGAGGAGGACCUGAUGAACGCCAUCAAGGGUUUCAGCUCCGUGACCAAGGAACACACCACCUUCACCGACACCCACCUGUAGAGCACGGAACCUGCAAAAUAACCAGUCAGAAGUUGCAGAAACACAACAGAUGUGUGGAGAUCUUAUUACUGCUGUCUCUCUUAUCUGGAGCAGGCAUGGCUGCUUCUGCUGCAUUAUGUCACCAAAGCCAAUGUCAUCAAAGCCAAUGGGCGCCUGUGUCACCCUGCCGCCUUUCUGCUUUCAAAUGUGCAUCGAUUUCUUUUGUACCGACACGUAACAGUUCCUCAUUUCCCUCAUUCCACCGACCCUGUACUUCAUAAGGCUAUUUUCCAAAAUAAAAAC